AUGAAACGAACGGCAUCGGUCGGGGCGAUCCUGCACGGACACAGACCGGUGAAAUUUCGCGACCGGAACGUAUUCGCGACGUUACUGUUCGGGAUAUUUUGCGUGGUCGUGUUUGAGAUGAUGUUCUUCGUGUUCUUUUCAAGCAGAGAGAGGACGAGCGGGAGCGGAAGAAGUCGACGGGAGUUACCGUUCGAGAGGACGAACAACGAGGUGGUAAUGUCAUCGUCGUCAAAAUCGUGCUUGCCGUCGAUCGAACCAAACGCGAAACCGUGCCCGCCGGCGGUUGCAAUGAUGCGAGAGUUGGACGCGUUGGUCGUCGCGGCGAAACCGACGUGCGCGAAUAAGCUCGCGUUGAUGAGUUUACGGCAAUACGCGAAUCCGAGACGGAUCAUCGUCGUCACGACGGAGAGAAGGUUUUGCGAAAAGUUUAAAACGGCGGCGGAUGGGAUCGAGUGUUUUCACGAGGACGAAUUCGUGGACGGAGUGACGAAAGAGAGAACGGCGGACGCGAUUGAAAAGUUUCGCACAAAGACGAAAGAAUCGAAGAACGAUGAUAAAAAUUUUAUGGGUCGAUCUUUGAGCGGGUGGUAUUUGCAACAGUUUAUCAAAUUGAGCGCGCAUAAGACGAAGAAACUGAACCCGCCGCUCUCGAAACACUAUUUAGUGUGGGAUUCGGAUAUGAUUCUGCUGAGACCGAUGAAACUGUUCGAUUCCGCGGGACGCGCGGUGAGAGCGAUUGGCGGGAACGUGGUGCCGAGUUACAAGAGAACGUACGAACGGUUGAUGUCCGGAAGCACGACUGGGAGGAAGAAUGAUGAUGGAGAAGUAGAUAACGCGGUGCAUUACGCGGACGAUGGGACGAGUUUUGUCGCGCACCAGAUGCUCUUCGAUGCGGAUGUCGCGGAGGAAAUGUUGAGCGCGUUCGCGAAGAGUAGUAGUAGGAGAAGAAGUAGCGGUAGCAAUACUAGUAGUAGUAGUAGUAGUAGCAGCAGCAGAAGCGAAGUUAAAGAUGUGCCGGAGGAUUUUGAAAGAGAAGAUGACCACGCGAGACGACUGCCUCCUUGGGGCGAAGCUAUCAUCCGCGAGGCGUACAGAGAACCGGAAAACGCGCACAUUGGCUUUAGCGAAUACGAAUCGUACGCUUCGUUCGUAUCGGCGCGACAUCCAGAGCUCGUGAAAUCGUUGACGUUGAAAAAUUGGGCCAGGAACCCAUUCUUUACUGGUUCCAUAGGCGUUGUCGUCACGAAAUACGUUCGCGUUGACGGUUUGUGUUGCCCAACGAGUAAAGUGCUGACGCCUGCGAGAUGGAGAAAUUUAGCGUACGUCGGGUUUGAAAUUGGCCACGCGGAGGCGACGUGCGACGUGAGAUCGCCAAAGUAUAAGGACGGGUACGGUUGGUAA